AUGGAACGAUUAAAUACAAUAAAAUUUAAAUUAAUCUUUGAUGAAAAUUGUCGUUUAUUAAACGAUCAAAUGCAUAUCAUAAAUGAAUCUUGUAGUUGUUUAUAUCAAUCAAACAAUAUUAAAAAAUUACUUGAAAUAAUACUUUCUGUUGUUAAUCAUUUAAAUCCAACAGUAACACAUCGAGUUCUUACACUUGAUGAUUUAUCAAAAAUACUUGAUUUAAAAACAUCACAGACACGUAUACCAAUUAUGAAUAUUGUUUCAAAGAUAUGUAUUGAUCAUCAUUCGGAAAUAUUUGAUCUUAAACAAAAUUAUAAAUUAAUUUUAUCUGCAAGCAAAAUUGAUUUAAUUGCAAUUAAAUCUGAAAUCGAAGAAAUGAAACAACAAUUUGAACAAAUUCAAUUAUGGAAAAAUAGAUUCGAAGAAAACAUAGAAAUUCAAAAUAAGCCAAAUGCUAAUGCGCGGGCACCCAGCACUAAAUCUCGUGCAGAACAACCUUUCAGUCCAACUGAUAUAAAUAUACUUGACGAUUCAUAUGGUAGUAGUACAACUGGAACAGGUGUCAUUGGAAAAUAUGACACACGUGUUACUUCCGCUGCAUCAUCAACCGAUACUAGUUUGACAAAUCCUAAUGAGGUAUUUGCUCAAGCAACACUUCAAGCAAUAAAUGGUUUUCGUCGUCGAUAUGAAGCUCCACCAUUAGACCUUAAUGAUCAAUUAUCUGAAAUAGCUCAACGUUGGGCAGAACAAAUGGCCAGUACUGGUAAAUUACAACAUAGUCCACCUGAGUGGCGUAAUUUAGGGCGACAAACACUUGGAGAAACUUAUGCUGCAUCAUUUCAAGCUGAAUUAACAGGAGAAAAAAUGGUUAGAAAAUGGAUGAAAGAAGGAAAACGAUAUAUGUUUGGUUAUGAUGGACGUAAAGAUACAGAAAAUUUUACACAAUUAGUUUGGCGAGCAUCACAAGAAAUUGGGGCUGGACGAGCUCGAUCUGAUGAUGGAAAUUGGUGGUAUGGUGUUGUUAUAUUUGAUCCUCCUGGUAAUAUUCCAAAUCAAUAUGCAGAUAAUGUUCAUUUACCAGCUGAAAUAAAAUAA